AUGGACCAACAAGUCGAUAGCAAUCACCGCCGAAAUCAUCCAUUGGAAAAACUCAAUGAUCCAAAUAAUAGGUAUAUGCGUAUAUGUGCUCCCAUGGUCCGCUAUUCCAAACUAGCAUUUCGAGAACUGGUCCGAGGGUAUAAUGUCGAUUUAGCGUACACUCCCAUGAUUCUCUCGGAUGUAUUCAAGCACUCUCAGAUUUCCCGAGAAACUGAAUUCCGCACUCAUCAAAUCACUGAUGAUCCUGUUAUUGUCCAAUUUGCAGCAAGUAACCCAACUGAUUUGGCUGAUGCUGCAGAGCUUGUUGCUCGUUAUACCAACGGAGUCGAUUUAAAUUGUGGAUGCCCACAAAAAUGGGCUAUAUCUGAAGGAAUUGGGUCGUAUCUUAUGGAGCAUCCAGAACUGGUGCGGGAUAUGGUCAAGCAAGUCAAAUCCCGCACAUCAAGUGUAAAAAUGGCCAAUGGUACCAGUUUUCCUUGCUCCAUCAAGAUCCGGAUUCAUUCUGAUUUAAAAAAAACGGUCGAGUUUGUGCGACGGGCAGAGUCUAUUGGUGUGGAUUGGAUCACGGUUCAUGGCCGUACUCGGAAGCAAAAAAACACUGAGCCAUUAAACAUGGAUGGGAUUCGUAUUGCAAAGGAAAGUGUUGGUGUGCCCGUGUUUGCCAAUGGAAAUGUGCUGACUCUGGGUGAUGCCGACCGACUUGUGGAGGAGACUCGCGUAGAUGGUGUCAUGGCUGCUCGUGGACUACUUGAGAAUCCAGCCUUAUUUUCUGGAUAUGACACAACACCAUUUGAAUGUGUUGAAAAAUUCCUCAAACUAAGUAUUGGAUACGGAUCCACGCAUUUUAUUACACACCACCAUCUUAUGUAUAUGCUGGAUGCUAGCAUGGAGAGAGCAGAAAAGCGUCAUUUCAAUUGCUUGUCGACCACUCCUGCAAUCAUUGAUUAUUUGAGCGAUCACUAUGGCAUCAGUGUGUCAAACUAA